UCUUUGUCAAAGUCGAACUCGGAGCGCAGUCCUCCACUUUUUCCUUUGCUUGACUUGAGUAAAGUUUCGUUUCCGGCUAAAACUACCGGAAUUAAAUUUCCAGCAAAUUACAAUUGUUAGUUGUUUUCCUUGCAUUGAGUUAAAUAAACUAUAGAAGGGGACAGGCAAAAUGGUUUUCAAUCAUAAAUUGACGGAACGUGGGGUCUCGAAGUUGAUGAGAGGAGAGGAGCUUGACAAACCAAUCUUCCAAAUUUUGGGUUUCAAAAAGAUUGCAGGUCAAGGUGGAAGUGACCGGUAUCGUCUCAACAUUUCCGAUGGAACGCACUCUCAUACUUUUGCCAUGUUAGCGACCCAAUUAAACCACAUGAUUCCUGAUGGACAAUUGGACAAUUUUUGUGUCAUCCGAGCCGAUAAAAUUGUAUCUAAUGCAGUCUCUGAGAAACGUGUUCUGAUCAUUCUUGAGUUGACGGUACUGGCGACUGGUACUGAGAUGAAAGUUAAAAUUGGAAACCCUGUACAGUUUGUCGAAGGUGGAAGCGCAUCUCAGGCAGAUACUUCACAUGCUGGAUCAAAUUUAAAUCGGCCGUUUAGAGUAGUUCAAGAAUCCGCUGGACAUGCCGACCGGCCUACGCCAAAUCCUCGAAAGUGGGAUACUGGAUUUGGAUCAGAUAGUGAAGCCGUAAUGCCAAUUCGGGAUAUUAAUCCCUACAACAGUAGUAAAAUUGGAGUAAAAGUUCGAGUAACCAACAAGGGACAAGUCAAAACUUGGUCGAAUUCUAGAGGAGAAGGCAAAUUGUUUAGUAUGGACUUGUUGGAUGACAGUGGAGAAAUUCGUAUGACUGCCUUUAAUCAACAAGUCGACCAGAUGUAUGAAUUGAUCAAGGUUGGAUGUGUCUACACUUUCCGAAAUUUCAGUGUGAAAUCAGCUAACAAAAAUUUCUCGACUUUGAAUAAUGACUACGAACUGAGUGCUAAUCAAGAUACACAAUUUACUCUUUGCACUGAUGCCGAGGCAUCAGAUAUUCCCGUGGUAUCUUACGAGUUUGUGGAAAUUGCAAAUAUUGAGGUUGCCGAAAAAGACAGAAUUAUUGAUGUUAUUGGCGUGUGCAAAAAAAUUGGGGAUUUGCAGACUUUCACUGCAAGAACUACAAAUAAAGAACUGACAAAGAGGGAUAUUGUACUGGUUGAUAAGACUAACAGAGAGAUCAAUCUUACCUUGUGGGGAAAGCAAGCCGAAGACUUUCAGGAUGACAGCAAUCCGGUCGUUGCUGUUAAGGGUGCGAAAGUGUCGGACUACAACGGAAAGAGUAUUUCCUGCAUGAUGUCUUCUUCAAUGCUUGUGAACCCUGAUAUCCCUGAAGCCCACGUAUUAAGAGGGUGGUAUGAUAAUGUAGGACUGCACACGGAGUCGCAUAGUCUGAGUAUGUCACGAGCUCCAGGAGGAACUGGGACUCCUUGGAAAUUGAUACGAGAAGCGAACACAAUGAAUAAUCCUGCUGCUCAGGAUAAAGGAGAUUACUACAUGUGUAAGACCACCAUUGUGGCUAUAAAACGCGAUAAUGCCAUGUACAGAGCUUGUCCAGGGGAAAAAUGUAAUAAGAAGGUAAUUGAUGGUGGGAAUGGCUUUUUCCGGUGCGAAAAGUGUAAUAAAGAGAGCAGCGACUUCAAAUGGAGGGCAAUGGCAAACGUAAAUUUUGCAGAUUGCUCAAGUAAUGUCUGGGCUACGUGCUUCCAAGAGACAGCAGAAAUUGUUUUUGGACUCCCUUCAGAAACUUUGGGACCGAUUUCGAACGAUGAUCCUGAUCAGUUUGACGGAAUCAUUAAAGAUGCUGCUUUCAAGAGCUACAUUGUCAAAUUUAGAUGCAAAAUGGAAACCUACAACAGCGAAAACAGGCUGAAACAUUCCGUUUUGGAGCUACACCCGGUUAAUUAUGCCGAGUACGCAAAGAAGCUUUUGAAUGAAAUCAAAGAAUGUGCCCCUGCUUGAAAAUGUUAGUUACUACUGAUAAUUUUGUACAAGUUAACCAUAUUUACUUACUACUAGCAUUACCUAAAAAAAUGUACAUCUUUUAAGAAACUUGAAAUAAUGUUUGGGUUUGAAUUAAUAGAAAGUGGCCUGUUGUGGCGUUGCAUAUCAACUAUUGUUUGUUUAUGCAUAGUAAGAUUUCAUGAGUAGCAGUAGAAUGAUGAAUUACAUUGAUGAUCGUGGGAAACGUGAACCCACCCGUUGAUAUUUAAAAAAUGAAAACACUUACUCUCUAAUAAAUAUACAUAGUUCAAAACAAACCCGUUCCCGUUGUCUGAUAAAUAAUGCAUAUCUAAUAAAUGCAACGUAAAAUUGGA